AAAUCUCGCGAGACUUUGCGCGAGAGGAUGUGGAAUAGGAAGAUGCUAACGCUCAGGCCCAAUUUAGCUUAGCUUGUAGCUUCCAAAUCCACAGCUUCUCCUGUUUGACAACUUUUACACAGCUGUGAGUAAUUUAAAUCCACUUUCAAUUGGAGAAUGCUGAUUAUUUAAGCCCUGGGAGGCCUCCUCCUCCUGCUUCCUCCACGAAGGCCGGCCGCCGCUGAUGUUCACGACAAAGAUGAAGCAAUCUCGAUGAUCGAGCCGAGGAUAAUCGCGACGCGCUGAAAAGGGACUUGGAGCUGAUGGCGUCGCACCUCACCUCGACCGCUUUUCCGGCAACACUUUCGGAACGGAGACAAAUGGACGUCAAACUCGUGACGUCAUUUCACCGAUCACGUGAGUGUGGCAUGUUGAUGACGUUCACGAAGGAUUGUUUUUUUAGUGCCGGAUGAAAAAAAAGUGAAUGAAGGAGUUGUUCCGUUGACGAAGAGGAGGAGGAGGAGUCCCUCUCUCGCUCUCUCUAGUUCUCUCUCUUUCUCGCCACGGAGGAGGAGGAGGAGGAGCGUGUACGUGCGUGUGACUUUGCGGGCAUGCGCGCCUCCUCUGCGGCGUUAGUCCGUGCGUGCGGGCCUGCGUGCGUGCGUGCCUACGUGCACGUCCACCGAGGAUGGCGGGAACCCUCGCGCUCGUGCUGGUGCUUCACUUUGGUUGGCUGCCGCAGUCGGCGCUGGUGAGCUCCGCCCGCUGUGACGCCGUCUUCAAAGGCUUUUCCGACUGUUUGCUGCAGCUGGGGGACAACAUGGCCAACUACCCCGCCGACCUCGACGACCAGCAGAACCUGCACAAGAUCUGCACCUACUGGGACGACUUCCACUCGUGCGCCAGCACGGCGUUGUCCGACUGCCAGGAAGGCGCCAGCGACCUUUGGGAGAAACUCAAGAAAGAAUCUCGCAGUCUGGAUUUUCGCGGGAGUUUGUUUGAACUUUGCGGCGGGGGAAACGGCGCCCCCUCCGGGCGGGGCCCGGCGGGGGCCUUCCUGGUCCUGCUGCCCAGCCUGCUGACCUGGCUGCUGGCCCUUUAUUAAGAGAGACGCCCACUCAACCGGAAUCCCCCCCGACCUCCCAAAAAGUGGAAAGCGCAGCCCCGCGUUUGCCCUCGACUCGGCGCUUGGUCCAACCCGGCCACCCGUCAUGACGCUUGGUGAAACUUCGAGGACAUUCGGUUGAGACGUCGGAGGACUUUUUCAAAAUGGUGUCGUCGCUUGAGCGGGCGCCGGGCGGGCACAACGUUCCCCUCCCGAAAGCAGCAAAUUGUCCCCCCCUGCAAUAUCGUUUUAGCAGCUAGCUUACGAGCUAGCUUUUUCUCUCUCUCCCUUCUUUGGCUGUGUUGGGAAUCCCACCCCGGUUUGUGGAAAGGCGCUUCUGGGACCUUCCGCUGUUGCCAAUUUGAAGAGCUUCAACAUUCCAGCCAGUCAGCAUUUGAAUCUUUCGCUCUUUUCAUGUUUUGGCGCCAUCAUGUUUGGCACUUGAACAUCGGUUAGCCCAAGUUCCGAGGUCUUCGCCCGCACCCGACUGCUCUGUAGAACGGCGUUUUUUUUUUGUUGUUGUUGUUUUUUUUUUCAGUGGCCCUUUGUUGAUUCCCAAAACAGCCAAAGUUUGUGGACGCCCAUGGACUGGAAGUGAGUGUUGCCGCCUUGCGUGACGUCACCUCCUCAGCCUUUUUAGGACAUGAGCACAAACGUGGGCCUGGCGCUACACGCCAUUUAGCGUAGCGCUGCGAAUCCAAACCUUUGCGAUAACGUGGGCUCAUGCUAACCAGAGUGGACUUGCGCCAACGAAUGUCUUUGCGGAUGAGUUUUCUCAAUGCGGCUAAGUUGGGGUUCAACACUUUGUCGAGGAUUUGCGUGGCUAACGGUCUCGGCUGCAGCUGAGUGUUGACCCGAGGAGGGCAACGUGUGACCUUUAGCACAGCUCUUGUCGUGCGUCAGCUGAUAGCAUUUGGCUCAUGGUCGCUUUGUGGUGUCCAGGCGGUGGAUGAAGGUUUGAAUUCUUCACAUUUUCGCAUUUUAACCUUGUCGUGUUUUAACGUUUAGGGUUCUUAUGUUUUGCGUGCUAAUACACUUUAACAUGUUGCAUGUUAACAUUUUUGUUUUUUCAUGUUUAGUGUUUACGUUUUAGCAUUCCAGCAUUUUACCGUUGACUGUUUUCAGAGUUUUGACGUUUUUUUUUCCCUUUUCAUUGUUUUAACAUUUUAGCGUUUCAAUGUUUUGCGUUCUAACAUUUGAGUGCUUUAGCGUCCCCGCGUUGAGUCCCCGGCCCGUGUGCUUGCAGGUUCCUCAUCAUUUAGCAAAGACUUUUUGAAGCGAGGUUUGAAAUUUCCUUUGUGCUGGUUUCCUGAAUUUUUUUUUUUUUUUUUUUUUGGUACGUGAGUAGAAAGUUUAGCGUUAACGUUGUUACGUUUGUGAUGGCGGCAAAAAUAGAAAAACAAAAGAGCAAUACCACCACGACAUCAUGGCCAGUGUUGGUCUCGUCAACCGACCGAUCAAUAAGCAUUCAUCAAGACUGUUGUGCUCCAAUAAAUAACAAGUAAUAACGUUGAAUAAUAAUCACAAUAAUUAUAAUGACGUAUUCGUAUCUCUGUUGAUUUCUGUUUGUUUGCUCGCAAUUUUUACAAAUCAUUCCAAAAAUCAUCAAAAGAAUUUACAAGGAUUUAUGAUGUUCUUCCGAGAAAGACAAAAUAAGAUUUAUCAUCAAAACUUUAUUCCACUUAUAAUGAACAUAGAAAUUUCAGAAAAGAAUAUUUAGUGCGAAAUAAAACACGACUGUUUGAAAGGAA